AUGGGCGGGGCUGGCGAAGGGGGCGGGGGCGCUGGGGCGGAGGUGGAGUCGGGGCUGAUGCUGUUCAACACCGAGGGACGGACGAAGGAGCGGUUUCGGCCCCAGGACAGGAGGAGAGUGAAAUUUUACAGCUGCGGCCCAACCGUGUACGACAUGGCCCACAUCGGAAACUUUAGGGCCUUCCUGACGUACGACGUGCUCAAGCGAUGGCUGCUCUACCAGGGUUUCGAGGUGGACCACGUGUGCAACCUGACGGAUGUGGACGACAAGAUCAUCGCCAGAAUGGCGCGCGACGGGGUGAGCCUGGAGGAGCUCACAGGCAAGUACGCCAAGCUGUUUUUCGACGACCUCGAGUCCCUCAACAUCGUCCCGGCGUCCCGGUACCCCCGCGCCACCGAGCACAUCGACGACAUCGUGGAGAUGGUGCAGGGGCUCAUCGACAAGGAGCUGGCAUACAAGGUGAACGGGUCGGUGUACUUCAGGGUGUCAAAACACGGCAAGUACGGGACUCUGGCCUGCCUCGACACGUCUGGGAUGGAGGACGGAGCGGGCGAGGGCGGCGGCGUAAAUGACGCGGCCGAGUUCGAGUCGGAAAAGGAAGAUGCCAAGGAUUUUGCGCUUUGGAAGGGGUACAAGCCCGAAGACGGGGAGGUGUUUUGGGACACUCUGCUGGGCAAGGGUCGGCCCGGGUGGCACAUCGAGUGCAGCGCGAUGGCCCGGAAGUUCCUCGGGGACACGCUGGACGUCCACGCGGGGGGUAUCGAUCUGGUCUUCCCGCACCACGAGAACGAGGUCGCGCAGUCGGAAGGUUUCACGGGGAAGCCUUUCUGCAGAUGCUGGGUGCACAACGCGUUCGUCAACGUGGACGGCGAGAAGAUGUCCAAGUCGAAGGGAAACUUCCUGACGCUCAAGAGCACGCUGGCCACCGCCCUCGACGUGCGCGCGUUCCGCUACCUCGUGGUGUCGUCGCAGUACCGGACGACCCUCGGGUUCUCCAUGAAAUCACUUCAGAGUGCCAAGAACACUCUCCGGCGCCUUGACAAGCUGCGGGUGGCAUUAGAAGCUGCUGCAGCAGCCGGGAAUGAGGAAGAGCGAGGGGAUGCUAGCGAGGUUUCCCGCGAGUUGCUCGAAGUCGUCCCCAAGAGCCUGGAAGGUUUCGAUGCCGGAAUGAACGACGACUUGAACACCCCAAGAGCGGCUGCGUCGCUGUUCGCAGUAGUCAAGGCCGGGGAGAAUGCCCUUAAGCGGGUUAGAUCUGCCAACGCUGACGGUGGCGACACUGCCGCUGCUGGAGGAAGCCCUCCGCAGUCGCUGUUGCCCCAAGUCGACGCCAAGUACUUGCUGGCGGCGCUCGAUCGCAUGGAUUCCGUGUUCGGCAUUUUCUACGAGCCCGCGGGGUACGAAGCCGCGAACACGGGCGGUGAUAGCGGGGGCGACGGCAAGGAGGCGGAUCUACCGGGGGAAAUGGCGGAACUGCUCGCCAGGCGGCUCGCCGCGCGGGAAAACAAGGACUGGGCGACCGCGGACGCCGUGCGGGACGAGAUCAAGGCGCUGGGGUAUUCUGUGAAGGACGUCAAGGGCAAAGAUCCGGUGGUGUCGCGGAUUUGAAGGAGCAGGCCGCUCGAUCCGACAAUUUUAUAGCCUAGCCGUUGCGUCACUGUCUCGGCAUUGGUGCUAGGAACCCGUGAGCCUUCCACUUGUCUCUUUUUGUGACGGCUGUUGUGUUCCCAAUUGUUUUUUGCAGGCAGAACAUACGAGUGAUCGUAUGUGCUUUCGAUAGAAGACGCUAACUGAUUUGCCUACAACCUUUGUGGAGUGCAAAGUCGGCGCCCACGAAGCAUUGAAAACAUUUUACUCGCCCUAGUAUAGAAGCGGGGGGGAACUCAGCCCCCAAACGAGGUUAAGAGAGAAAAGAGACAGCGUAUCUCCGUAGUUUCUCUGGGUCUGGGAGAGGGCCGCGGCUUCUUGUAGUCGUCCAUGGCACCGGGAUAAGGGCAAACCCUGCCGGCUUUGAUACAGAGCACCCUCUUUGGUUAUUGUCGCUGUUGACGCGCUGCUUUGCGUACCAGCUUUCACCUACGGUGUAACUUGAACGCAAUUAUCCGGAGAACUUGCAG